AUGCUCUCGCAGGUGAUUGAGAUUGCAGAGGCCGAAAUACCAUCAGGGCAAGUGUCGCCUGUGAGGAAGCCUGUGGACUUUAGUGAACUCCGAAAGAAACAUAUUGUCCUAGCAGGCACCAUCUUCACCUUCAAUGGCUUUCUGGGUGCUUCACUUCCCUCGGGAGCCUCGCCGACAAUAGCACAGGCAUUUCAAGUAUCUGAAAGCGAUGCCCGCCUCGUGCUCCUGAAUUCGCUGUACCUCGUCGGUUUCGUGGUCGGCCCAUUGUUCUUCGGACCCCUGAGCGAAUACCUCGGGCGCCGGCCCGUCCUCAUCGCCACCUAUCUAGCGUUCACCCUGUUCACUCUGGCGUGUGCACUGUCACCGACGUUUGAAUCACUGCUAGCCUUCCGGUUUCUCUGCGGGCUCAAUGCGUCGGUCCCCAACGCCGUUCUCAGCGGGCUGUACAGUGACAUCUAUGAAGAUCCGGAACGACGCGGCCGCGCCAUGGCCAUAUUUAUGUUCGUGGCGAUGGCUGGCCCGAUGGCGGGACUUUUGGUCUCCGGGCUUACGGUUCUCCUCUCGUGGCGCUGGGUAUUCUGGGUAGCGCUGAUGGCUGCUGGGGCUGGUCUCCCCGUGAUUCUUCAGAAGAACGCGAUGAAGGACUGCUCUCAAGGGGAGACCCGUCAACCUCACGGAGCACAGGCCUUUUCAGCCAGGAAGAUAUUCAGUCGGCCGUUCCUCAUGCUUGUGAGAAAGCCCAUCGUUGCUUUCACAUCCCUGUACCUUGCUGUCGUGUACGGGAUACUUUUCUUGUUCUUCCAGGCUUACCCUGUGGUCUUCCAAGGGCUGUAUCGUCUUUCGACUAGUGAUAAUGGGUUGGCAUUUAUCCCUAUGAUUUUCGGUUCGCUUCUCGGCCUAUGCCUUGUGCUUGUCUGUGCCUCAAUUCAUACCAGAGCCAUGGCAGCAAGCAAAUCCUGGGCUUUGGUCGAAGAAUACCGUCGUCUGCCACUGGCAUGUGUCGGGGCUGUUUCAGUUGCCAUAGCGCUUUUCUGGCUCGGCUGGAGUUCCUAUCGCAGAAUCCACCCAGCUCUACCCAUGAUGGCUGGGAUCUUCUUUGGUUUCGGCUAUUUUCUGGUCUUCGCCGCCAUGUUGAACUACCUGACGGAUGCUUAUAAAGAAGCCUCGGCAUCUGCGCAGGCGGCCGCAAGUGCAACUAGGGCCAUAAUGGCGGUGGUUCUGCCUUUCGCCGCGACCCCGAUGUAUAACCACCUGGGCAUCCACUGGGCAAGCUCACUCCUGGGGUUUUUGGCUUUUGCCCUGGCAGGGAUACCAUUUGCCUUUAUUCGGGAUGGGUCGCGACUGAGGCAGAGCAGCGGCCUUGCGGUAGGAGGGUAA